GGCGUGGAUCAGACUUCUUCAAAUCUUAGUGGCCCCAGAGCGAGCGGUGGCUUGUGUGGGCGAGGGGGGCUGGCAAGUAAGAUGGGGGGGAGCUGAGGCCGGGAAAGACGCUUCAGCCUAUUUGACUCCAACCCCCCCCAAAGAACCCCAAAUUUUCACCCUAGCACCCGCCGAGGAGACGGAGACUCCCGCCCCAGGCCAUGGACCCUGCGCAUGGUGGCCGGGAACGAGCAUGUGGCCCACUUGUGGGUUGCCUUCCCUUUGAGAAACACCAUGAGGCCGGGAGAUGCAACUAGAGAGGGAAAUAUGUCCUGGGGAUUGGAUCAGGACCAAUGUGCAGUGGAACUGCCUGGAAAUAAACUCUUGACAGAUGAGUCCUGGCCGCAGCCGGAGGCGCCGCACCGCGCCUGGAAGAUGAUGGAGAAGCUGGGGACUCCCCCGUCCCCCUGCAGCCCCCUGCCCCCUCCGUCACCCCCUGCCAGCCACUCGCCCGCUAGCCACUCCCCAGCCCUCCCGCCCCCUACCCCGCCCCCGGCCCCCAAGGGGAGCUCGCCCCCCCCAGCCCCUGCCCCGCUGCCCCCCGACGUCCCCGUCAUCAGCCUGGGUCACAGCAAGCGCCCGCCCCACCCCGAUGUGCCCACCACCGAGCUGACGGCCCUGCACCCCAUCCCCUCCCUGGUGCAGCUCUCAGCCCUGCCCCCUGCACCCACCCCGGCCCCCCUGCCGCUCGCCGGCCUGCAGAGCCCGCUCCUGCCCCCGCAGUACCACCCCCACCCCUUCCUCAACAGCGUCUACAUUGGCACCUCCGGCUCCCUCAGCCUCUUCCCCAGCAGCCGCCUCAGGCGCCGGCCCAGCCACCUGGAGCACGAGCUCAUGGAUGGGCACCAGCCCCACAAGGUCGCCCGCCGCGUGUUCACCAACAGCCGGGAGCGCUGGCGGCAGCAGAACGUGAACGGGGCCUUCGCGGAGCUGCGGAAACUGAUCCCGACCCACCCCCCCGACAAGAAACUGAGCAAGAACGAGAUCCUGCGCCUGGCCAUGAAAUACAUCAACUUCCUGGGGCAGCUGCUGCGGGACCAGGCCUCGGACCUGGCCCCGGCCCCCGCCCCCGAGCCCGCCUCGGCCCCACGGCCCGGGCCCGGCCCCGAGCCCCCCGCCCCCCGCCCCAUCAAACGGGAGCGCAGGACUCUGCUGGGGGCCGCGGCCGCGGGGGAGGCCCGGUGAUGAUUGCCCCCCCCGGAUUUGGGGGGUGAUUCUGGACUGGGAGGGGGCGGCCCCCCACAUUGCAAGGGGGGGCUCCGGGAUCCGCCCGCCCCGCUGUGUCGAAGGGGGCUGGGACUUUGGCGGAGCCGCCCAUGUGAUGAAGUUCGUCCGGUCUCAGCUGCUCCUGGCCCCCGAGGAGACGUGUCGGCGCUGGGUGGGAAAUGGUAGGGGGCUGAGGUGAAGGGAGGAGCGCCCCAGCUAGCCCCAGAGACCCCCCCACAUGCCCCCCAUUGGCAAAGAGCCCCCCCCAUCCUGAAGUGGACUGGUCUGUGUUUUAACCCCUUGGGGGUGGGGCUAAGCCCCCCGUGCCCAGAGGGCGCAGGAGCGAGCAGCGCUGGGGUGGGAGACACCCCCCCCAGGACUUUGGGGUGCCCCCCCCGCCCCGUGUCUGGGGGGGUCCUGGCCUGCGCUGGGGGAGGGGAGUCGGGAGGUUUUUAAUUUAACCCUGUCGGGGCUGUAGCCACGCGGCCCGCGAAAGAAACACGAAGUGCGCACAGCAGA